ACCGCAGUCUUGUGUGGUCGUACGCGGUUCUAAGUGUUAGUGUACGUUUGUGAAAUGCGGUGGGUUUUGUUAAUUAGUUUCUCGUUGACCACUACGUGUUACGGGAAUGUACUGAAAUGUGCUUCCAACAGCGAUGACCCUUUAUGCCUACCGGACAAAGAAAAAAAAGACAAAUCAAGUGUUUACCAAGGUAAUCAGUGCGCCCCGGGAACGUAUUGGAAGACUGAAUGUAACACGUGCAUGUGCGAGCCGGGAGGUUUCGCCACCUGUACCAAAGUGGGAUGCGAUAAUGAACGUUCUAGAGUUUGCGCUCCCGGCUCCCAAUGGCUGAAUGAUUGCAAUGGCAACUGCUGGUGUAUAGACGGACAACCGAAAUGUAGUAAACAAUGCGAUUCGUCUUUAGAUAGAAAUAAGCAUAAAGAGUUGGAACUACUGGAUGGGGAGGAAUGUGCUCCUGGUAGUUCAUGGAACACAGAGUGCAAUUCUUGUAUCUGUUCACCGAAAGGGCAAGCGAUGUGCACUCUGAACGCUUGUCAAAACGAGCGCAAAACAAGAUGUGCACCCGAAACAUUUUGGAAGUAUCAAUGCAACAGUUGCUAUUGUUAUGAGGGUCGACCUUUAUGCACUUUGUUGGCCUGCGAAUCUCCUGAAGGUACAGUCAGUCAACAGACAGUGAAGCUAGUAGAAAGUAAGGAAUGUGUACCGGGGACCACCUGGAAAACGGAAUGCAACGAGUGCUCCUGCCAGCUGGACGGUUACCGUAUCUGCACCAAUUUUGAUUGUGAUAAUGAUCCUGUUAUAUUUGAAGAAAGCACAACGAAAAGGAACGUAGAAGUGACGACAAAGUCGAGCCAGAACAAGACAGUCGUGUGCGUGGCGAACCGCAUGUUUUUCAAGGACUGUAACACUUGCUGGUGUAAUGACGAUGGCACUAGUUUCUUCUGUACUAGAAAAGUGUGUGUCCCUGAAUUACCUGAAGAAGCAGACAUUUCAAAUCAAAAACCUGAGGAACUGCGCAUAAUAAAGCGUGAAUGUCGUCCAAAUGAAGUAUUCGAAUUAGAUUGCAACAUGUGUCGAUGCAAUCCUGAUGGCAAGUCAUUUUCUUGUACCAGGCGUGCUUGUGCGGAACAAGCUGACGAUGCUCAGAAUUCCACAUCAACUAGAAGAGUACGAGGAUAUUCACAGAAUUCCGUAUUAAUAAGAAAAGUUCGAGCUUACUCACAGGAGCCAACGAAGGCAUGCCAGCCGGGCUCCGAGUUUCGGAUGGACUGCAACAAAUGCCUGUGUGACAACGAGGGACAACAAUUCUCCUGUACAAGAAUAGAUUGUACCGCACUUAAUAAUAAUAACAAUAAUAACGGAGAGCUGCGAACGAAAAGAGAUACAACAGAAAAAAUUGCGUCCAACUGUACAUCGGGCACUGUGUUCGAAAAAGACUGCAACGUGUGUCGGUGUAGUGGUAAAGGCGAAGCACUAUGCACCACCAAUAAGUGCAACAAAGAUCGCAACGUCGAAGUCACAAGCACUGUUCCAGAGACAGAAGUCGACUCCGGUUUCCGUUGUAAUCCUGGCGAGCAGUUCAACUUUGAAUGUAACGAUUGUACAUGCUCCGCAGACGGCAAAAGUGUAUUUUGCACUCUCCGCUUUUGCGAUCAAAGUCUAAAUCCGGAUAUCUAAUUUCUUAUCCAACCACCUUGAGAGCUUCACUGUGACGAUUAUGUAUAAUCGAUUUAAUUCUUAAUCGAUCAUUCACUACACUACAUAAAUAAUGCAAUUCCCAGCACUACAUACAAUGGUUCUAUUUAAUCACAAUCAUGUUUAUUAUUCAGAUAAUUAUGGAAU